AUGUAGGGCACUUUUGGAUAUUGGUGGGUUAGAGGAAGCGCACAACCAAUUCGUUUCUUAUUGGCAUAUUUAAAGAUAGAACAUAAUUCUAAAAUAUACACUAACUUUGAUGACUGGUUUGCUAUAGAUAAACAAAAUCUUGGUCUAGAUUUACCUAAUAUCCCUUUCUGGAUAGACAAGGAUGUUAAACUUACAGAGUCAGCAGCUAUACCUGUUUAUUUAAUAAAAAAAUGCAACAGACAUGACCUUUUAGGCUAAAAUAGAGAUGGUUCUUUCAACUAUAAAGAAGUAUAAGUAUAGCAACUUUUAGGUUAUUUUAGAGACGUCAACAGAGAGUUUACUUCAAAUAUAUGCCCAAAUAAGGAUUUUGAAAAUAUUAAAGACAAAUUACUCAAUGAAAAAAUGCAAAACAUGCUUGAUAAAAUAGUAAAGAUCCGUGGAAAUCAAUAAUACCUACUAGGAGAAAUUACGUAUGCUGAUUUUGUAUUUUAUGAAAUAUUAAAUUACUACAAAUAUAUAUAUCCACAAACCAUAAAUAAAUCAUUAUAAGACUAUAUUAAUAAUUUCGAAAGUUUACCAGGCAUUAAAGAGUAUUUGUUGCUUCCUGAUAUUGACCUAAAACAAUUUUUACCUUCUCAAUUUUACACUUGGUCAGGUCCCUAAUGA